GCCCUGACGUGGAAAACCCGGAAGUACAAAGAAAAUAAUUGGACAAACAAAAGCCUUCGGAAGUCGCAUGCUUUGCUACGAUAAAAAAGGGGAAUUCAAGGGUUUGAAUAUGGCACAGAAGAAAAGCGGAUAUGAAAUCGGCUUUAAGUGACAUCAAAUAAAAAUAUAGUCUUAACACUAGAGAAUAAUCGCAUGUUUACUCCUCAGUCCGUUAGCAGCACUGCUGGUGUAGCCUUGGUGAGGUUUAUAGCAGCCGCUGAAAUGACAUUUUUCGUGCUUGUGUGCUUUCUUUGUUCUGUUUAAGGGAAGUUGAGCUAUCAUCAUCUGUCGAGGUGUUUACCUGGAGUGGAAAAAAACUUUAACCCGAGACUUUUGACGUCUUUACGUGUUUAAAAUAAAGCCCUCGUAUCUCGACUCGUAGUGUUAACUCGCUAGCUGGAAGUUUGUUGAUUAGAAUGACUGUAGCGGUGUUUUUCGGCUGUGCUUUUAUAGCAUUCGGCCCUGCUUUCGCCCUGUUUAUUUUCACCAUCGCCAGAGAUCCACUGCGAGUCAUCAUCCUGAUCGCGGGUGCUUUCUUCUGGCUCCUGUCCCUCCUGUUAUCCUCUCUGGUUUGGUUCAUUGCUGUGAAGGCGAGCAAUGCAGAUGAUGCCAAGCUACAGAAGGGUCUGCUGGUAUUCGGGGUCGUGUUCUCAGUCCUCAUUCAGGAAGUUUUCCGAUUCACCUACUACAGACUGCUUAGGAAGGCUACUGAAGGCCUGGUAGCUAUUAGCGAUGAAGAAACUGCACCCAUUUCCGUCCAGCAAAUGGCUUAUGUGGCAGGCCUUGGCUUUGGGAUAAUGAGCGGGGCAUUCUCCAUGAUCAACAUCCUAUCUGACUCUCUGGGCCCAGGUACUGUGGGUAUCUUCGGAGACUCUCAGUACUAUUUCAUCACCUCGGCUCUGAUGACUCUGGCCAUGACAUUGCUACACACGUUCUGGGGUGUGGUGUUCUUCGAGGGCUGCGAGAAGAGCCGCUGGUGGGUCAUCGUUGUGGUGGUGUGUCUCCAUCUGCUGGUCUCCAGUCUGUCUCUGCUGAACCCGCUGUAUGAAGGCAGUCUGCCUCCUGUGUACGUUGUAACGGCAGGCAUGGCUGUGUGGGCGUUCUUAUCUUCAGGAGGGUCUCUGAACAACCUCUCCCAGCUCUGCACACGUAAGAGAACCGAGGCAGCGUCUUCAUAAGGCAGUCGAGUCCUGACCUCACAGUGAGACACAGGCAGUUUGUUGGAAGGCUGCAUUCACUGCUCGAAGUAACAGAAACAGCUGGAGCAAGAACAGUAGCAGCGGUCGUCUGUUCUGAUGAUGGCCCUUGGGUUGAACUCGAACCCCCACCAACAGGGCUGCCUUACAGGUUAUAGGACUCUCAGAUCAUGCUCAUUGUAAAUAGCUUGACAUCUUUACACACAUCAGAAUCCAUGCUUUUAAUGAAUUUCUUUGAUCGCAAGUAAGCAUUUCAGAGUAGUAUUUUACAUAUAACGCAGUGUUCUUUUUGUUAAAUCACAAAUAAUUUUUUUGUGUUACUUUUGUUAUUAUCUGUGGUGAAAGUGUAAUGUAAAUAUUAAAAGUAAGCCUUCAGAGGACAAUUUCUUUUUUAUUUUUAUGAAGGGUAGGAGAGAUGGCCUGGGGCCAGACUGUGUCUUCCUUACAGUCUGGAUUUGUCCCCUUUAAACUGUAAAACUGGACUGGGAAUAGUUCACAUCUCUACAAAAGGCAAACUGUGAACACUGAACCUGAAUAAAAUGACUCUAAUGUUGUGUCGAGCCACUUAUGAUGAAGAGACAGAAGGUUCAGCACUCUUUUUCAAUGUGUAAUUUACAAAGUUAUUCCUAUGCCUAAUAACAUGAUUUCUUUCCUCGUCACACCACUUUUAAUGUGUUUUGCAUUUGUACUGCGCUAAACUAAACACGUUUAGCCAUGCUUGACUGUAUGGUGGUAAUGUACCAAUCAGAAACCUGGCCGUGAAAGCUCCCACCUGGUUUGUAGAACGCUAAUGAAUCCAGACUUUAAAGCCGAACCAAAGCCAUCGGUCUGACACAGUCUGAUCCCAGGGACUUGCCGAGACGUUUUAGCUGCUAAAUGUGCCCCCUUAAUAACACAGCACACACCAACCACAGCGGAUCAGCAGUUCACUGAUUUCCAUUUCACACAUUUAGCACUCAUUAAUUCAGUGAGCCGUUUGAGCAGAGAGCCUGGUGCAUUUGCUCUCAUCAAACGCCACAUGGGCAGAAAUUCUCCGUCUGAUGAGUUCUACAUUGGGGCAAAAGUAUGCAAUGUGAAUGUUCAGUGUAUGUCUUCAGAGACAGUCCGCUGGCAGAUAUGUUAAAUCAUCUACUGUGUAUAUAUUUACUAAUUAUGCAGAAUUAGCUUUGUAAUUUUACAUUCUCUUCCAUCAAUUCAUCGAAAACUGCCUCUACAUGGUCCUUAACUUUUGGGAGUUUGAUUAACAAGUUCUGCUAGAUCACUGGUCAGUAGAAUUCAGGAUCACAGGUCCUCCUUAAUGUAGCAACAGAUUCACCUGCAUCCUCUUCAUUUUUCCCCCGGUUUCUCUUCGAACAGACUUGAGGGCUUCCUUUUUAAGAUCUCUCAAAACUUUUAUCUUGUGUAACUGGGUACAAACAUGUUCCUGUAGACGACAAGCAAUAUAGCAGCUCUUUCUAGCGUUUGGUUCUACGGCUUCAAACACUGGUGCUGGCUUGUGUUAUUUCAGGAGACAUUCUUUAAUUGUGUUUUCAUUCUGUCAUGGAUGAACAAGUGCUUUUUCUCUUUUUUUUUCCUUUCUUUUUUAUUUUUUUCUUCACAUCCAUAUGGUUAUUUAACCAACAUAAUGCUGCUUUGCUCUUUGUGAGAUUAUUUGUUUAAAACUGUUUGACUUUCUGCUGGUUUUGACUUGCCGCUCAAAGAACAGUUUCCAGACCAGCACACUGAUAACACAUGUCCAUAAUCACAUCUGUCAUGGUUGAAAUGUAAAUCUGUGCCAUGUAAAGGUUUGUUUUUUGUUUUGUUUUUUUAAACGUUUAAAGUAGAAUCAUUCAUUAAGGUACGUUAUUGGCCUGUGUGGAUGUUAGUGAUUUGAUUUGUUUUGGCACAAUCAUUUUGUACCUGGCUAACUGGUACUGCAUCAUACAACAGUACAGCCUUCGUCUCAGGACUCACUGUGUGAUUAAGAACAAGCAACCUGAUGUUCUGGACUAGUCCAAGGCAGCUUCAUCUUUCUGAGACACGGGUGGAUUUUAAUAGCUACCUAGAACAUAUCAUCUCUCUGGGCAUUUCUCUGUCCUAAAUAAAAAGCCACCUUCAGUAUGCACCAAAUUCUGCAGAAGAA